AAGAAAAAGCUUACAAAAGCCUAAUGGCAAUAGUUUAAGAGCCUAGCCCAGUGGAAACUCAUACAGUAAAACCCAUUAGUAAACCCAUAGCUUUAAGAAAGUGAAGAGGCAGCGUUAAAAAUCGAGCAAGGUCUUAUGACCCACAUCCUUCCCUUCCCCGGACUCCGUGAGUUGAUCAGAAACCAGCUAGCGGACCCAUAACUGCAUCAUGGCUGAGGAGAUCUUGGGGUCCAAUAGAGCGCCGCUUGCCACGCAAGGAGUGACAGAGAAGUAGCCGGGUUUGGAGUGGCCAAGGAGAUCAUUUGUGCCAGCGAGCAUUCCCAAUUUCGAGACGGUCUGAUCCUACAUCUCCCAGCGAUCAUAGUCAAUAGUUGAAAGGUGAAGUUGCAUUCCCAGAAUAGAUGAUCCCUUGAUUCUGCCGCUGUGUUGCAUAGGAGACAGGUAUGAGACACCUGCAAUCCCCAUCCGAUCAUUCUAUCUCUCGUGGGUAGUCGAUUUUGUACUAUCAUCCACGUGUGGAAGCUGUGUCGCGGGAUUCUCCGUUUUGGCCAGACAACUUGAGCCCAUCUCACUUCUUCUAUCCUUCCUCUGAGUGAUAAAGGAGAGAACUUGAAGUUGGGCAUCUGUACGCGCUUGGGGAAGCUGCCAGACGCCAUUACAAUGAAGUGAGGCCAGUGUUGCUGUCUUUGGGAUUCCUAAUCGAGAAUUCCCACCAGCUAAGUACUCCUGCAACAUCCCAAAAGGACUCCAAUUAUCUAUCCAGAAUCUCACACAUUCUCCAUUCUCCAUUACAAACUUUAAAAACAAAUUUCAAAUACAUCUGUAGAAAUCAUCACACGAAAGAAAAGAAUCCUACCUUUUUGUUGCUUUGGUGGUAGAAUCAAACUUUGUAAAACUUAAGCAUUGGUGAAAUUUUUUUGAAGUAUGUCAAAAUUUGAAAUUUAAAUUUAGUAGAUAAGCAAAAGUAAUUUAAUGCAGUAGUGGAACGUACGUGUAGAACAGAUGAGCAAGCAAACAAAUUUAAUUAACAAAACAUUGAAUGAUAUUUAAUAGACAAUAACUACCAAAUUUAAAGUAACCAACCUUCAUUAUAUAUUCGGAUACAACACAAAAAAACAUCAAGGCAAACGUCCCCAAAACCUUCACAAUACACCAACAUUUUCUUCACAGAUUCUUCUGAAAUCACACGUAUAACAUCCAAAAAUUCUUGUUCCUGUUUGUAUAAAAUAUAAUAAAAGAAUAUUUUUUGUUGAUAAAUUUUUUUUCUUUUAAAUAAGAAAAUAAACUAGGAAGAGUUGAUGAAAGUUAAAGCAGUAAAUAAGGUUAAAGUGGUAAAUGAAAGGUCAAAACAUUCUAUAAAUGCCACUCCAACCAUCAACCUUCUUCUUCACUCCCAUCAAAGCAACUACCUCUCUCUCCUUCACUUCACAUUCCAUUUUCCCACUCUCCAAAAAGCUCUGCACUUUCUCAAACAGAAUGUUCAUGGGAAAAAUGAGUCUUUUGGGGAUUUUCCUGUUGGGUUUUGCUGCAAUGGCGUCCUCUGUUCAUGGGUACGACGCUGGGUGGGUCAAUGCUCAUGCCACUUUCUACGGUGGAAGUGAUGCUUCUGGAACAAUGGGUGGCGCUUGUGGGUACGGGAACCUUUACAGCCAAGGUUACGGAACCAACACGGCAGCGUUAAGCACCGCACUGUUCAACAACGGUCUUAGCUGCGGCGCGUGUUUCGAGAUCAAGUGCCAGAGCGACGGCGCGUGGUGUUUACCUGGUGCAAUUGUUGUUACAGCAACAAACUUCUGUCCUCCCAACAACGCUCUGCCUAAUACCGCAGGUGGUUGGUGUAACCCGCCGCUUCACCACUUUGAUCUCUCUCAGCCUAUCUUCCAACGCAUUGCUCAUUACAAAGCUGGUGUUGUCCCUGUUUCUUACAGAAGGGUUCCGUGUAAGAGAAGGGGAGGUAUAAGGUUCACAAUCAACGGCCACUCUUACUUCAACCUUGUCUUGGUCACUAAUGUCGGCGGUGCUGGAGAUGUUCGCUCUGUGGCGGUUAAAGGUUCAAGAACAAAGUGGCAGCCAAUGUCGAGGAACUGGGGGCAAAACUGGCAAAGCAACAAUCUUCUUAAUGGUCAAGCUUUGUCCUUUAAGGUUACUGCUAGUGAUGGUCAAACCGUUGUCUCCAACAACGUUGCUCCGGCUAGCUGGUCCUUUGGACAAACCUUCACCGGCCGUCAAUUCCGUUAAAAGUUGUGUCAGAAGUUCGGUUUAUGUAGUUUUAGGGUUUGUGUAGUGUCAAGGACAGAGGAUAGAAUGAGUUUGGGAGAAAGAGGGUUUAAGGCUCUGUUAGGGUUUUAAUUGGAGAGCCAUUAAACUUCUUCUUUCAACUCUAAGGGUAAAAUGGUGAAAAGGGCUUGUUUUAUGAGGGCUCUUUUGUCAUUUUAUGAACUAGGGUUAUAGUGAGUAUUGAGUAGUGUGGUGUGUGCGUCUUUUAGCAAAGGGACCUCUAUGAAAUGGCUUCCUUUGUUUUUAUCUACUUUUUUUUACCUUCUGUCUUUUGGUUUGAAAAGCAGAAGUGGGUAGGGGCAGAGGAGGAACUUCACCACCCGCCAUGUGUUUUUCUUUUUCUUUUGGGUUGUGUUUUGUUGUUGUUAUGAAGUUUUAAUGUAAGGGCUGCUUAAUCAGCAUACUUAUGGGCUUGAUAAAUGUUAUGUUACCAAGUAUGAACUUUAUGUUGUUCAUGUGAUAUCAUUUUCUAAAACU